AAUCCAGCAACUGCACAUGGACUCGUAACAUUGUCGAACUGCAAGGUGUUAAAGGCGAAAGUAUGGAACAUUUCGUGAACGCGAGCACUCAAACUGUAAAACAGUGCUCCAAGUGCAAAAACUUGAGCCGAUCGCCUCCUCAGAGCGAAACACUAUCUUGCCAGUCGCGACCUCUCGCACCCUUGGUGGAUGGUUUCCAUGAAGAGAAGCAAUAUCAUAGGCCGUGCCGCCGGGCACCUUUAAUUUUGCGUCCAGGUGAGAUCAUUAGCGGCCAAAGCGCAUGGAUGCCAAUUGCAAACAGCCAAUUCAAUCGAGCGACAGACGUCAUGGAGAGGUUUUUAUUACAAAGAUCACUUCACAAAGGAGUCCUGGCGUUUGGCGAUUUCUCGGAGAAGGGCGUUGGAGUUGAGCAUUUGUUUGAUUUGGUAAGCAGCGAAACAUCAGGGCAAAAUGUUUCUUGCAUUUCAUGGAGCAAAGAACUACCCCAUAUUCUUGUAGCUGGUCACGGUGACACCGGCUAUCACGGACAACAGAAAGGGUUGAUCUCUUGCUGGUCUUUGAAAAAUCCUGCAAGGGCUACUUGGACGGCCAUGACCACUAGUGGCGUUACUACUGUGGACUUCUCUGCGGCAAACCCAAACUCUCUGGCAGUUGGCCUUCAUGACGGCAGCGUUUUUGUUGUUGACAUAAACACAAAAGUGCGGAAGAAAGAAAGUGGAAAGACACGCACUAUUCUCGGAAAACACGGCGAUCCGGUCGGGCAAGUGCGCUGGGUAAGACGAAAGUUACAGAACGACGAAAUUCUAGUGUCGAUCUCGACAGACGGACGAAUAAUCCAGUGGGAUGUGAAGAGGCAGGGUGAACAGUUGGAACUCAUGCGACUCGGAGGAGUAGAUCUCGGGACCAUUCGAACUAAUACCGCGAAGCAUGUGUCUGGCGGAAAUGUGCACAGUAAAGGAAAAGGCAUUUGUUUUGAUUUUUCUCGUGACAACGCAUCCGUGUAUGUUGUCGGUAUGGAAAACGGCAUGUUGCAUAGGUGCUCUUGUUCUUCUAGCGAGCAGUACCUGAACAGCUAUCUUGGGCACCGUGGACCGGUUUACCAGGUUUGCUGGUCAUAUCAUUCGGCCGACAUUUUCAUAUCUGCAUCGGCAGACUGGACAAUCAAGCUUUGGCGCGAACGUUCAUUUCAACCGAUUUUCACCUUCAACAACGCAGGAGAACAAGUGUCCGAUGUUUGUUGGUCCCCAAGUGACUCCACAGCAUUUGCAUGCUCAACAACACAAGGAAAGUUAGAAGUCUGGGAUAUUUCGAUCUCCAUCUUGAAGCCUGCCUCGAGUUUAAGGACGGGCGGGACAAUUUCGUGUGCGACCCUUUCAACUAAACUGCCAGCGAUUGCAACGGGCGGUGCAGAUGGAAAAAUAAGACUAUUUUGCAUGCGUGGUGGCUCUGCACGCGGUGGAUCGGCAAGCCGUAUCAGUAAAGUUAUCGACCAGCAAAGUUCUAGUUUUAUUGCUUUAUUUUCUCAUGACACCUAGGAGCAGAAUAACGAAUUUACUGCCGCUACCUUUUUAAUAUCAGAUGCGUUGACGGACUCGAAAAAGAGAAACAAAAGUGAGGGUGCAGAACGAUCACUUGUCAGUAAGAAGCCCGUUGGAUUGGCCGGAGGAACCAAAAAAAUGAACUCAUGAUGAAGCCCACCAUCUUAUCAUUAGUUAUCUUGAAGGAAAUACGCCCGGUUGAAUGACGAUACUUCGCCACACACCGUGUCUGGUAAGCACUCGAAAUCACGAAACUUACCACGUAUUGCGUACCGUUCCAGUAGAGCUCACCUUGUAGGGGUCGUCGUGCACUAGACCUCGGGCCUCGCGAAGAAACUCGUCGAAGCUUUCAAAAGAAGCCAUAUUCGACCUGAAAGAUAGAUACAAGAUGGCUUGGGUCUGGAAAGUUUGUGCGCAGCACCCUCGACCGAAAGAUUCGCGGAAAGGUGGACGACCGGUGCUAUAUAUCUAUAGCUGAACUGAUGUAAAGGCCCCAGAAAUUGACCGCGAGUGUGACCAUAUAAGAGGUAUAUGUAUAAAUAAUAUCAGCAAUUAUUCAUAUC